AUCGCAGCAGUGUUUACCUCAUGAGGCCAUUGUGAGGACUGAAAAAAUCCCUGCUGCUUUGAGUUCUGUGGCUCUCAGCUGCAGAUGUGAAGUAUGGAAGGUUUGGCAGAGGCUUUGUGUCACCUUCAGAUCCUCCUGCUUGCUGGCACUGUUGGAUAAGGACAGUUCUCCACAUACAGACUUUGUUUCACUUGGAAUCUUUACUUUUUUUACUUCAUUCGACUGAUUUAACAGGGUUCAACAACAGCAUUCAUAAAUUUCCAGGAUGGAGAUUUCCACCCAUCAGUCUCAUCUCCUGCAACAACUAAAUGAGCAGCGCAGGCAAGAUGUGUUCUGUGAUUGCAGUAUUCUAGUUGAAGGGAAGGUCUUCAAAGCUCAUCGAAAUGUAUUAUUUGCUAGUAGUGGCUACUUCAAAAUGCUUCUUUCUCAGAAUUCCAAGGAGACAAGUCAGCCAACCACAGCUACAUUUCAGGCUUUCUCUCCGGACACUUUCACAGUUAUCCUGGACUUUGUCUAUUCAGGCAAACUCUCUCUUACUGGGCAGAAUGUCAUAGAAGUGAUGUCCGCUGCAAGCUUCCUUCAGAUGACUGAUGUCAUUAGUGUAUGUAAGACUUUUAUCAAAUCUUCCUUGGACAUUAGUGAGAAGGAAAAAGAUCGCUACUUCAGUCUCUCAGAUAAGGAUGCCAGUUCUAAUGGCAUAGAGCGUUCUGCUUUUUAUGGUGGCAGCUGGCAAGAAGAAAGCAGUUCCCCACACUCUCACCUCAGCCCAGAUCAAGGAGCAGGUAUAAUAAGUGGAAAGUCGUGGGGUAAGUAUAAUUACCCUCCGGCCUCCCAACGGAGCACUCAGCUCCCUGGGGCCAAGCAUGAGCAGAGGAAAGAUUCCAUUAAAAAGACCAAGCAUCUGCGACUGUCACAGCCUCCUGAAGCUGCUCAAUAUAAGUCAAGCAAACGAGAAGCACGUGCGUCUGAUUCUUCCAGCCAUGUUUCCCAGGCUGAAGAACAAGCGCAAAUUGACACAGAAAUGGACUCUGCUUCUGUUGGCUAUCAGUAUGGUCAAGGAUCUGAGGUCACGUCCCGAAGUUUUUCAGAUGACCUGCCCAGGAUGCGAUUCAAGUGCCCGUACUGCACACAUGUGGUAAAGCGGAAAGCAGACCUCAAGCGACACCUGCGCUGUCAUACAGGAGAAAGGCCGUAUCCAUGUCAAGCUUGUGGAAAAAGGUUUAGCAGGCUAGACCACCUAAGUAGCCAUUUCCGAACAAUUCACCAGGCAUGCAAACUAAUCUGCAGAAAAUGCAAACGCCAUGUGACUGACCUAACAGGGCAAGUGGUACAGGAAGGAACCAGGCGCUACAGACUGUGUAAUGAGUGUCUUGCAGAAGUUGGCAUAGACAGCCUCCCCAUUGAUUUGGAAGCUGAGCAACAUCUUAUGUCCCCAUCAGAUGGAGAUAAACAUUCCCGAUGGCAAUUGAGUGAAGAUGAGAAUAGAUCCUAUGUGGAGAUUGUAGAGGAUGGGUCUGCCGAUCUGGUCAUACAACAGGUUGAUGAUAGUGAAGAAGAAGAAGAAAAAGAAAUAAAGCCCAACAUUAGGUAGCUGUAAUAUGAACCAACAGAGCUGGCAUGUCUGCAAUUUCCAUUCACUUCCUGUAUCUCUCCUUUCCAUGGUCAGAGUCUGGUUAACAAAUUUAUCAUACUGACUUAAAAGAAAUGACCUGAAAUAACUUGCAUGCUUUCUGAACAGGCCAUUGUAUCCAUUCUGAACUUUGUUGCCCUAAAAUAUGUUGCUGCACUGGAAAGAAAGACCUAGCUUGAGUUGGCAUGAUGGAUGAACAGUUACCCUCUUUAUUACAGAUACGUUCUUUCUUUUAAUAUUGGAAGAUAUACUUAGCAAAUUUUCUUCAAAGAAAAUAUUUUAAAUAAAUU